CCGAUGCUUGUCUCUCUAGGCUGGUAGACAAAUUCCCAUACCUCCUCUGGAGUGGAAGAGUUUUGACGACAGCGUUACGACUCCUGCAGGCUUUACAAUUGAAUCUGGUCCAAGACCCUACCUGUAGCGAGUCUACGUUCACAAUGAAGGGUCUGCCUUGGAGCAUCCAGUUGCAGGACUCAAUCGAAGGACGUACUAUGGUGGUGAAGGAUUUUUCGCAGCGAUGCGAGCAAAUUCUGCAAGAGGCAAUGAAAUGGGCGCCGUCAAUCACACAUAGUCACUUAUUGGAAUAUGUCUCCACAUUUGGGGCACCCACGGACACUUCAUUGCGACUUGCGAUGGAUGCGGUCACAAACGCCGGUUCUGAGAAUACCAGCAUGUAUCUGUCUUCUCUUCAUAUGAGAAGCAUGUAUCUUGGACAGGUCAAGGGAGUGCUAGCAUCUCGUGCCGCUGAUGAGGACGAGACGCCUGAAUGCAAUUUGGUGAAACGGCUGGAGAGGGACUUGGAGGUAGCCAUAGCGUCUGGAUCGCGAGAUGAGCUGCAGAAUGCGAUCAUGCUGCUUAGUGCGCUUUUUGUGACACUGAAAGAUGUGAACGACCGUAUUCUCUCCAUUCUGGUUCGCUGUCCCCUUCGUAGCUUCGAUGAGUCCACAAUGCAACUCUGUAUUCUGAGUUGGAAUUGGCUUUUGGCCGCAAGAACAGAUAUCCAGAAUAUUUUUCUUCGAGAAAUGUGCUGUGCGUGGACGGAAUCCUGUCGCCAGGGUCUGGGCAUAUACGAGCGAAUGGCACCGUCACCGUCACCUCUGUGUGAACAGUUGAAGUCACCACCAAAACCACCACAUUACAAACCUCAUGCACUCUGGUUGGAUUUUAUCGCUGAGCGGGUGGACGUCGCCAAGUACAGCAGCCGUGAACAGCUCGAUAUUCUGGAAACGAUGUUCGCCCAGUCAUUGAGCCUAGUGGUAGGAAGUGGACCAGCAACGAUUGCCCCUUCACCAGCCCUUUCAACUCCUUUGUUUGAACAGCAUGUGGUUCUCACACGAAGCAUUGAAGCGGUUGGUGCCCGAUUUCGACUGCUGUCGUGCGCGCUCAAUAUGCUUCAAGGUGAAGCAACUGCCGCCAGGCCUUCGAAUAACGUCAUUCGACAGAGAGUUUAUGCUUCAGCACUCGAUUAUUUCACGCUGUCACCACAAGGUCCAACUCAAAUGCAUGCACAGUUACGAGCUGAUGUCAAGCAGCUAAUUUCGUUCUGGCAAGUGCUCUACGCUGAUGGCAAAUAUAUCAAGAAGGAAAUUUUCCUAACGAAAGAUAAUGAGCUUGCCAUAACACCAAACCUCAACCAAAUAGAGCCUUAUGUAGAGCAGCUGGGACAU